UGCAGCUAGUGGCCAUGACGCAACUUGUUUUGGGCGUAAGAAAGAGGGAGGGACCCCUUCUCGGAUGCAAAGACGAUGUGAGGAAGUGGUCCUGCUACGGUGAUCAUUCGGCGUGGUAUUGAAACGCUUGAGCAGUAUAUGCAGCUUCUGGGCAAGUUAUGGUUUGUCGACAUGCCGAUGCCGGUGGAAUGGCAUCCGAAGUGGGAGACGCAUUUCCGAGAUACCCAUCAUUCCAUCCUCAAAGACGUCGUCGCAAGCCGCAACAAGCUCGCGUUCAAAAUUGACCACGAGUUGCCCCCCACGAACCAGGAGCAUGACGACACUGUCAACUUGACGUGUGUCGAAUCGGACCUUCAGCAGUACCUGCACCUUGUCGACGGCCUCAACGACGUGCGCGCCACGCUACCACGACAAAACACACCAUUCCAAACAUGGACGUGGAAGCAUGCUUGUCUCAAUCAACCCACAGACCCAACAGAGCCGUACUCGCUCGAGUUCUACCUCGACACCGAACGUGGCAUGGUCGUGUUCGCCAUGGCCUGCGUGUGCGCUCUGCAAGCCGAGCAACGUUCAUCGGUACCACCCUUGGACGACGACACAUCCUCAUCAUCAACCACUGUGAAAGACACUUGGCGCCGCGCCGCCGGGCUCUUCCAUGAAGCCACGGCACGGCUGCCGCCAUCGUCGCCCCUCCAUCCGUUUCUCCAUAUCUGGGUUCAAUUGUGUGUGGUACACGCCCACGCAGUGGAAAUGCAUCACGUGCAAGCCGGCCUCGACACCACGUCGCAUGUCCAAAUCGCGCGGUAUGAAUCGGCCCUCAGUCGCGGCGGCCAUUCUGCUUGUGUCGCAGCCCAAUCGUUUGUCGCGCACAUGUCGUCACCUACCUCCACGACGACAUGCCAGCAAAUGCGGUGGCUCGUGUUGGUGUACAAAACGUUGUGCAAAGCCUCGUAUUGCAUGAGCGAAGUCGUGCUGUACGAGUCCAAGCACCCAGACAUUGCACUGUUGUUCUGUGACGCUGUGAUCAAGUCCAAACUGCCCAUGCCGCCGCAAUACCCGCAUCGAGCGUGCGUUUACUUUACAAAACUCAUGCAAACGUUAGUCGCAGCGCACCACGACUCGGUGGCGCAUGCCAUGGACAUCAAGUCGACAUUGCAGGGCACCGCGAAAUCCGUCUCUUGGACACACGCCCUUCGACCAGAACACGUACACUCGUUCUUGUCGAUGGAACCAUUGCAACUCCAGUCGCUCCAGCCCAUUGAUGUUGUUCUUCCCGAUCACGUCGUUGACGCGCCCGUUCGUGCGGCGAUACGCCAUGCGUUCAUGCAACACCCCGACGCGCUUUUGAUCCCCAAUACAAGUAAAAGCCCCGUCGAGCGACCAAAUUCAUCAUCUCGCACGUCCAAAACCGUCGUGUAUCAAGACCACUCAACUAGAAAUCCCCACGAUCCGUCGACAACAUGGGCAACUUCCCCACUACUUUGCCCUCUUCAAGUCUCACCAGCAAAGGGACCACCUGUUGUCCAUUUCGAUCCCAACACGUCGACGUCUCGAGACAUUCGCGUCGCCAUGCGCGCCCACAACCUUGGCCUUCUCCCCGACUCCUCUGCGAAGAAGAACCGCUUAUUCGAGUGGGAAUAUGGAGUGGAACCGUUUACCCCUCGACUGGACGCCCGUCAGCUCACUCGAGGUCUAUCCCUUCCCGCGCUUCCUCUAGCAAUAUCAUCGGCCGUGGAUGCCCAACAUACCACCACCCUUACUCCAUCCCAUGGUCGUUCUCUGCUUCCGACCACGAGUACUAGUAGUACUAGUAGUAGUACCGAAGCCAACGACCAAUUCGACAACAACGGCCACCAUCACGUCAACGACGACAAUAUCACGCCAUCCACAGACGAUUUGCCGUUGACGUUGCUCAAACUGGAUUGCCUUGUCGGCGCCGAAACGUUCAAACAGGACCAUCAUUCUUUAUUAUCCAGCAUGCAUUCUUCCCUGCCAUCCCCUUGCGAUGCGAUGGGUACUACUACUACUACUAUACCCAAACUCAAUCGCAACAUGGUCACGUCGACACGAAAAUGUUGUGCGUUGUGCACUCGUCCUUUUCCCGUGGUGAAUCUUGUGGGGGUGGUGCUAAUGAAGCGUAUUUUGGAACUUCGGGCAACGUGGGGCCUCGCCACUGCGGGUACCCCCAAAUGUGCCCCCGCCUCGUACUUGUAUCGCGACGUCCGGGUCUGUGUGCUUUGUACCGACAUUCUAUAUGGACAACCCGACUUCCGUUUGAACUCUCAAGCCCCGCCAUCCACAACGCUCUCAUUGUCGUCGUCCAGCCCUUCCAUCUCCCCCUCGUCCCUCCUUCCUCUCCAUCCUCUUCCUACAUCAUCGUCGUCUAUUCAACACACGGCAAGUAUUAGUAAACACGUGCAGCACCUGCGGCGACUCAGUUUAUCGGCGCACACGUACUCGACUACUACCACUCCGACCGCCACCACUGUGACCCCUCCGCCAGGUUUUGAUAAAGACAUACUACGACAACCACAACCUUUGACAAACUCGACUACGAAUUACGUUGUCGACGAGGUUGGGUACAUGAUCCACCAACGCAUCUUAAACGACGCGCUGUUGCUGCGUGCGCCAUCUCAAGUGCUCCCGUGUGUGGAUUUGACCCAGCGCCGCCAUCGUGGCGUCGUGGCGUCCCAGAGCUCUGUGCUCAUGCUGGGCGUCGCGUCCAAUGCAAUCAACCCUGUCGACACGCAUCGAGGAAUUCACACACACGAAGAACAAGCGCCAUGGUGGGAAGUGGAUUUGGGCAGCCAUUGCGAGAUUUCGACUGUGGAAGUGUGGAAUUGUGCCGACAGCGACCCCCAAGUGGCCGCGCGCCUCUUUCCGUGCCACAUUCUGCUGCUUUUGAAACCUGGUCACCGCCGACCCCUUGUCGAGUUGUUGGGCGUGGCCGUCGACUCGGUCGUGCUUGCAGCCCCGAGUCAACCGUUGCGAUGGCGACCGAAAACAGGCAGCGUCUGCCGGUACGUGCGGUUGGUUGUGGAUAAGCUCACGUAUUUGCACGUCGAGCGGGUGCAUGUAUUUGGCACUGCUCUCAAACACGACGACCUUGUCCCCACAACCAACCCCUUGCGACCGGCCACCGCUUCUACAGCCGCCGCCAAGUCCACGACGCUACCGUCGUCCCCUGCAUCGAACCUUCGUCGCGGGCAACGCCACCACACUCCCGACAACCAUCCCAACCUUCCCCAUCAUUCUAUUCAGCCGCCGUUUAAUCAUAUAAGUAUGCGCUUCCAGCAAGACCGACGACAUUCAUCAACAUCAUCGACGUCGGGUAGCCCCCAUCGACCGAAAAGCGCGGGUUUUUUGCUGCCCACGGCCUCGAGUCACAUGCGAGACCAGCUCACACAUGCUCUACGUGACCAACUCGCCAUAGACGACCAGGUCAACCACCCGUUGAUGCACUCUCCCCACUACCGCCAGCACCAUCGUCUUCCACCGUCGUCGACAUCAUCACCGUGCCAGUAG